AUGCCAAAACGGAAAAUGCUAGUCGAUCCGGUAUUGGAGCCUUUUCUAGGGAAAUAUGAAGACGUGGACGAUUAUCCGAAUUAUGACGGGCUGGCUGAACGUCGCAGCCUGGGCUCAGCUAGCUGUCCGGUCCGUGCUAGCCGGCUCCCAGGCAGACAGCCAACCCUCCUCGUUCUUCAUGAAAGGACGAUCAUUCGGCGAACGCCUUCGCCGUCGACGUCUAUGGAUCUGAGCGCCGCCCAAAGCAAACUGAUCUGUGACGUUUGUGGAGAUGUGGCGUUCGGAAAGCACUACGGUAUCAACGCGUGCAAUGGCUGCAAAGGUUUCUUUCGGCGAAGCGUGUGGAGUCGUCGGCAGUACUCGUGUCGGUUUGGUGGCGAUUGCCCGGUGGUGAAGGAACAUCGAAAUGUUUGUCGGUCAUGUCGAUUGAAGAAAUGCUUCGAAGUAGGAAUGAAUCCUGAUUCUGUGCAAAACGAACGUGAUCGGAAUGUGAAAUCCGGUACGACGAUGCCAAUGGCGCCGUUAGCUAAUGGGAUCUUCAAACGGAAAAAGGUCCGACCACAAAUGAACGAGCAAGCAAGUCAGGUAAGAAGAGACAACGACGGCUUUUUUGACAUCUUUCGGAGUGCCCCACGCACAUUACCCUUUGUUGACCAUUCUGGACGCAUUGCCGGCCAACAAAAGACAAUGACGACUUGUUUGGCCUUUCCAUGGAAUGCGCCAUGCACUCUGUCUCUGUUAGCCAUUUCAGAGAUAUUGUCAGCCAAGCAAUGA